CGUCGGUAAGAGCCAGCCAGCCUUGCGCCAGAGGCUAGAUCCCUUUAUUAACUACUAGAACAAAACGCCACCGCCAUCGCCCAGACCAGACUCGUACGUUACCGUUGGAGAUGGCGAGGGACUGGGUAAGAGAGAGCCAGCAGUUGUCAAGAUUCGGGGUGCUGGUGGCGCAGCUCGAAUCAAUUGUGGCAUCCGCCGCGCACAAGACACCUGACCCAAUUAUGUGUUUCGAUCUUCUAUCUGAUCUCAUUUCAGCAGUCGAAGAGGAGCCCAAGGAAUCUAUACUACAGACGCAGAGGAGAGGGGAGGAUGCACUUUACUCUUUGCUGGUUCUGGGAGCUCGUAGGCCUGUGCGGCAUUUGGCCUCAGUAGCAAUGGCAAAAAUUAUAUUGAAGGGUGAUGGGAUUUCCAUAUAUUCCAGAACAAGCACUCUUCAAGGUUUUCUUUCAGAUGGCAAGAGGAGUGAGGCUCAGAAAGCGGCUGGUGUUGCGCAAUGCUUGGGAGAGUUAUAUCACCAUUUUGGGAGACGAAUUCUUUCUGGAUUUCUUGAAACAGUAAAUAUUGCUACGAAACUACUAAAAUUUACAGAGGAUUUUGUGAGGCGAGAGGCUCUGCACAUGCUUUAUAAAGCUUUGGAGGGUUCUGAAGGGAAUGCUGCACCAACAGCCUAUUCGGAAGCCUUCCGUGUAAUUAUGCGGGUUGGAGUCUGGGACAAAUCUUCGUCUGUCAAAAUAGCUGCUGCAAGAUGCCUGAAAGCGUUUGCAAAUAUUGGUGGACCAAGCUUGGGGACUGGAGAGCUUGAGAAUUGCUUGUUUCAUUGCGUCAAGGCCCUGGAGGAUCCCGUCAAAUCUGUGAGGGACGCUUUUUCUGAAGCCCUUGGGGUCUUGCUGGGUCUUGGAAUGAAUCUUGAUCUGGUGCAACCUAGGGGAAAAGUUAAUGCUACUCCUAAAAAGCUUGAAGGCGGUUUGCAAAAACACUUGGUUAACCCAUUUACAAAAGCUAUCGGACCUCGUUUUAAAGAAAUGAGAGUCGGCAUCUCCUUGUCAUGGGUCUGCUUUUUACAGACAGUGUGUUUAAAGUAUCUUCACCCAGAUAGUGAGCUGCAAAACUACACACUUCAGGUUAUGGAAAUGCUUCGUUCAGAUGCAUCGAUUGAUGCUCAAGCACUGGCUUGUGUGCUCUAUAUCAUGCGAGUAGGCAUAACUGAUCAAAUGAGCGAGCCAACUCAAAGAAGCUUUUCAGUUUUCCUUGCCAACCAGCUUGUAUCUUCCGAUUCGACCCCUUCCAUGCGGGUUUCUGCUCUGCGAACUUUAGCAUAUGUAUUGAAAACACUUGGAGAGGUUCCACCUGAAUUCAAGGAAGUUCUUGAUGACACAGUUGUUGCUGCUCUUUCACAUCAAUCGCCAUUGGUAAGAGUUGAAGCUGCUUUGACUCUUCGUGCGCUGGCGGAGGUUGAUCCUUCCUGUGUUGGUGGUUUAAUUUCUUAUGCAGUGACAAUGCUUAAUGCAGCAAGAGAAAUAGUUUUGUAUGAGAAGGGGUCUAACUUUAAAAGGGAACUUGAUUCUUUACAUGGGCAAGCAUCGGCUUUGGCAUCACUAGUGUCUAUUUCUCAGAAAUUACCUCUUGGAUAUCCAACGAGACUGCCCAAGACCGUGCUUGAAGUCUGUAAAAACUUGCUGAACAAACCUAGCCGGAACCAUGCAGCAGCUGCUGUAGAAAAAGAAGCGGGAUGGAACCUUCUUUCUUCGCUGCUGAAUUCCAUUCCGAAAGAUGAGCUUCAAGACCAAGUUUUUGAUAUUCUGGCAUUGUGGGCUUCCACAUUUAGUGGGGAUCCAAAACAACAGAUCAAUCUUGCACAAGAUCUUGCCUCAGAAAUAUGCGUGUGGUCAGCAGCCAUUGAUGCACUUACUUCAUAUGUGAAAUGUUUUGUUUCUUCCGACUCUGAGAAUAGAGGAAUCUUGCUACAUCCAGUUCUUUACUACCUAAGUGGGGCAUUGUCAUAUGUAUCACAGUUAGCUGGAAAAGAACAACCUGGAAUAAAAUCUUCGAUGAAUUUAUUUAUUAUCCGACUGCUGUUAGCCUAUCAAACAGUGUCAGAGCCUUCUUUAUACAAAAGUGAUCAUGCGCAAAUAAUUCAGAUAUGCACCACCCCUUUCAGGGAACCUACUUCAUGUGAUGAAAGCUCUUGCCUGAGGAUGUUGUUAGACAAGAGAGAUGCCUGGUUAGGUCCAUGGACUCCUGGAAGAGAUUGGUUUGAGGAUGAACUUCGUUCCUUCCAAGGGGGUAAAGAUGGUGUCUUGACCUGUGCUUGGGAGGACGAACCUCCUAGUUUUCCUCAGCCUGAGACUAUAAACAAGAUGCUGGUGAAUCAAAUGCUUCUAUGCUUUGGAACUAUUUUUGCUUCUCAGGAUAGUAGUGCUAUGCUUUCUUAUCUUGGAAUGAUUGAUCAUUGCCUGAAAGCUGGGAAAAACAAAGCUUGGCAUGCUAGCAGCGUUACCAAUAUAUGCGUGGGUUUAUUGGCUGGACUGAAGGCCUUGCUUGCUCAACGGGCUGGGCCCCUUGGAAUGGAAGUACUAAGUGCUGCUCAGACCAUUUUCCAGAAUAUUUUGGCUGAAGGUGACAUCUGUGCAUCGCAACGUCGCGCAUGUUCAGAAGGGCUUGGUUUAUUAGCUAGACUAGGGAAUGACAUGUUUACUGCCAGAUUGACAAAACAAUGCCUUGGUGAUGCAGCUGGCAACAUAGAUUUCAACUAUGCUGGAUCAAUUGCUCUUGCCCUUGGCUGCAUUCAUCGCAGUGCAGGAGGAAUGGCUCUGUCAAGUUUAGUACCUACUACUGUUAGUGUUGUCUCAUCACUUGCUAAAAGCUCAAUAUCAAGUUUACAAAUUUGGUCCUUGCAUGGACUUCUUUUGACCAUUGAAGCAGCAGGUUUGUCUUACACGUCCCAGGUUCAGGCAACUCUGGGCCUUGUGAUGGAGAUUAUCAUUUCAGAGGAAAGUGGUUGGGUUGAUCUGCAGCAGGCAGUGGGACGUCUUAUUAACGCCAUUGUUGCUGUCAUUGGUCCUGAACUUGCCCCUGGGAGCAAUUUUUUCUCACGCUGCAAGUCUGCCAUUGCAGAAGUCAGCUCUAGCCAGGAAACAGCAACACUUCUUGAGAGUGUGCGCUUUACACAACAGCUUGUGCUGUUUGCACCACAGGCAGUUUCUGUGCAUUCUCAUGUUCUAACUCUUCUCCCGACUCUAUCCUCAAGACAGCCAGCACUGAGACAUCUAGCCCUGUCUACUUUGCGACACCUUAUAGAAAAGGAUCCAGAUUCAAUUAUCGAUGAGCAAAUAGAAGAAACUUUCUUCCACAUGUUGGAUGAGGAAACUGAUAGAGACAUUGGCAAUCUGGCACAAUCAACGAUUAUGAGAUUACUUUAUGCAUCAUGCCCGUCACGUCCGUCGCGUUGGUUGUCAAUAUGCCACAACAUGAUUCUUUCGACAUCAUCAAAAGGAAACAAGGCAAAUAAUUCUUCAGUUGGUCUGGAUGGUGAAAAAAGAUUGAAUUUUGGGGAAGAUGAUGAAAACAUGGUUUCGAGCUCCACUUCAAACUUUUCAAGAGAUAAGCACCUCCGAUAUCGCACAAGAGUCUUUGCUUCUGAGUGCUUGAACCAUCUUCCUGAGGCUGUUGGAGAAAAUCCUGCUCAUUUUGACCUCUCUCUGGCAAGAAGACAACCUUCUAAGGGGCCAUUAUCUGGAGACUGGUUGGUGCUUCAAUUGCAAGAGCUCAUUUCUCUUGCUUAUCAGAUAAGUACCAUUCAGUUUGAGAAAAUGCGACCAAUUGGUGUCUCACUUCUAUGUACAAUUAUGGACAAGUUUGCAGCAAUUUCGGAUCCUGAGCUUCCUGAUCACCUUCUUCUGGAACAGUAUCAGGCACAAUUGAUGUCUGCUGUUCGAAGUGCAUUGGACUCACUAUCAGGCCCAAUUUUACUGGAAGCAGGUCUGCAGCUAGCCACUAAGAUGCUGACAAGUGGGAUAAUUAGUCGUGAUCAAGCUGCAGUGAAGAGAAUAUUUUCAUUGAUUUCACGUCCACUGGAUGAUUUCAAUGACCUCUAUUAUCCAUCCUAUGCUGAAUGGGUCUCAUGCAAGAUCAAAGUGCGGCUUCUCACAGUCCACGCAUCUCUCAAAUGUUACAUGUUUGCAUUCAUAAAGGAGCAGGGUGAUAAUAUUCCAGAUGAGUAUCUAGCUCUUCUGCCCUUGUUCGCAAAUAGUUCAAGCAUUCUUGGGGUGUAUUGGCUUUCCUUUUUAAAGGACUAUUGCUAUAUUCACUUCCACGUGCAUCCGGAAAAUUGGAAACCGUUUCUCGAUGGAAUUCAAUCAUCUGCUGUGUCAGUUCAGUUGCAACCAUGCCUUGAAGAAGCUUGGCCUGUGAUUCUUCAAGCACUGGCCUUGGAUGCAGUUCCUGCAAAUUCUUAUAGGAGUGAAUAUUCUACAACAGAAAGAUCAAACAACAUCCCAUCUUCCGGAUACAGCAUGGUGGAACUGAAAUUAGACGAUUUUCAGUUUCUCUGGGGCUUUCUGCUUCUAGUCCUGUUUCAGAAAGAAGUUCCUAACCAAAGAGCGCAUAUGGUUUCUGCCCAUUGGAUAAAAUCCAAGUUUGGCAAUGAUAUCUCAGAGGAUGAUUCUAUUUCUAUAUCUUCAAAGUUGAAUAAUAUAUUCAUUCCUGUGUUUCAAUGUCUGUCUACUGAAAGAUUCUUCAAUUCUGGAUUCCUCACUUUGGAUUCUUGCAAAGAGUUACUACAGGUUUUUUCGUAUUUGAUUUUUGGGGAUGAUUCUUGGGAUUCUCUUGCUGUCUAUUUUCUGUCACAGGUUGUUCAGAAUUGUCCUAAAGACUUCCUCCUUGUGGAGAAUUUUGCAUAUGUGACUGGAGAACUAUGCUUGACAUCACUUUUCAUAGUCUUGUUAAGUGGCAAUUUGAACUCUCAAUACCCUUCCAAAUGGGAAAAAACUCUUUCUGUUGCUCUUAUUGCUUCUUCAACACUAUUGGAACGGCUAGAAGCGCAGCUGGAUUUGUUCCUACCGUUUCUCUUGCUUGGUUACAAGUUCAUUGGAGAAGCAUCAAAUGAGAUUACCCUCUCAAGAAUUAGUGAUUUUGUCCAGUCUAUUGCUUCCUCGUUAAAGAGACUUGGAAACUCUGAGUUUGUGGCUGAUGGCACUGCGCAAUUGGUAUCAGUAACAAGAUCCAGUCUCCAUGCAACAGCUACUCUGACUAGUGACUGUGUUCGAGAAAUUCAUCUGCUGGAAAAUAAGCGAACCGACAUGCACAAGAUGCUUCUCCUGAAGUUGGCCUGCUCUGUUGAGCAACUCUUCUCAUAUACAGCUUUAGCUUUUGAUUUUACAAUGCCUUAUGAAUGCAAAGAGCACAAUCCUAUCCUAUCCAGACUGCUUCAUCUUGGCAUUCAGAGUAUCCGCAACAUUCUCAGUGAUUCUAACAUGCAGAUUCAAGCUGUUGGCUUGCAAGUUAUUAAAGUCAAGCUACAAAAAGGGCUUGCUGCAGAGUGUAAUGAUUUCUUAAUAUUUUUUGUUGGGGAGCUCAUUGAAGAUUUGUUCAUCAUACUGGAGAAAAUAUUAGAGAACCCAAUUACUCGUGAAGCAGUUGCUGUUGCUGGUGAAUGUCUUAAGAUCUUGAUGCUUCUGCAAACUUUUUUGAAAGGCAGUGAAUACCAGAAGUGUUCAAUACAUCUGUUUUUGGAAGCCAUUCUCAUGAUUUUAUCAACAUCUGACGGUUUUCUUUCUCAAGAAGCUAAUGAUUUGCGAAACAUAUCCAUAAAUUUUGUUUCACAACUUGCUCAAAUUCCUAGUGCUGCGGCUCACUUCAGGGAUAUUCUAUUAGCAAUGCCUGCUGCGCAAAGACAGAAGCUUCAGGACAUUAUCCGUGCUUCUGUGAUUCAAGAUAAGAAUCCAAAGCCCAUUUCCGCUGGGCCGCCCUUGGUGAUAAAGUUACCAUCACAGUCAGCACAAAACGAGGAGAAGAAAUCCCCCCCAUUGGAAUCUCCCAAGGCAUCUAAUGACAGCGGUAUAGAUGAGGAAGAGGACGAGGACGAGGAAGAUGAUUGGGAUACUUUCCAGUCUUUUCCAGCCUCAGGAAACGAAACAGCUCCAGCUCCAGCUCUAGAUCCAGAGGCACCUGCCUCCAUGUCGGAUACUAAUACUAGAGACAGUGGUUUCCAUGCAUCUGUUUUGCCCUCUCCGAGCAAAGAGGAAAAUCUCUAUACAGAAGAACUGAAACUUGGUGAAGCUGCAAGGGAGGUUCAAGUUACAGAUGGCAGCAAUCAGAUGGAAGAAUCUCCGAAUCUGGAAGAUGACGAGUUGAAUGCUUCUGCCAGCUCUAUUAAGGCACAAAUGGAACUCAGCAAUGAAGAUGAUCAACCUUCAUCAGAUAUUCCACACACACAAAGCACGGAUUUAUUCCUGCAAGACAUCGGACCUUCCCAUGAAAAUGUACAAGAUUUUCCUGAUCCCAAAUCUCCCGAAUUUCCUGCAGAGCUUGCUGAGCCAUCUAGCAAAGAGGGCACAGUCAUACCCGGCCCUGGAAACACCGAAGCAGAUCAUGAACAAGUAAGGCCCACUGCAUCAACAGUUGAUUCUGAUUCUGAAGUGAACACCGGGCAAUGCGGAUGAUAACUUGGAGCAUCACAGUAAGAUACCUUCACCCUCCAGCUCCUCCAGUGCUGAAGGUGUAGAAAAACUGCCCAAUAAUUAGUUUGUUUACUUGUCUACCGACGGAGAUGCAGAUGCAGUUCUGUAUUGCAACACGUGGCUGCGGCCGUUGCUAUAAAGGUCAGUCUGCGUAUUAAUCUUCAUAUGGUGAUAGUUAGAUGAGUGGCUUUUGUGUUUGGUGUGCAUUUGUUUGGCUUAGAUGAGUGCCUUCUUGAGUACCAAAUCAUUUUCAGGUGAUUUUUUACUACAGCCAUUUCACGAUGGCAUUUUCCUUGGAAUCAAUCCCCCUCGUAUUAUUGUCUUCGAUUAAUUUUGGAAAACAACUUAUUAAUACGUUAAAAUGUUGCAUUUGUGAGUGUGAAAUUUUUUAUUUUUUUUC